ACUUUCUGUCUAUCUCUUCUUCUUAUCUCUUUCUUUUCUCUUUCUUUUCUCUUUUCUCACGAACCCUAGCUAGAGAUACACACCCACCCAUGUCUGAUGAUAAAUCUACAGCAAGAGAUCUAUAUUACCAAGAAUAUCAUCAUCAAUUAUACAACAACAACAACUAUGAUCGUUCUACUUUCAAUCAUCAAACCAGCAUUAAUAACAUUCCACGGUCAUCGUCGACAUCAUCAUUUCAUAAUGAUCUGAAUGGGUUGCUCAGUAGUAGUAGUAGCAGUGAUCCAUUAACGCAGCAACAACUAAGUUUCACUGACUAUCUUCAUGGCACCUCGGUGGAUUAUAACACAGGUGACAGAGAUUUUAACUUAUUGCCUUGUUCAUCGCCUGAGAUUUUCUCUUCUUUAGAUGUUGUGGGUGGUGUUCUAGAUAACAACAAGAAUCAUAUUGGUGGAAGUAAGAUCAGUAAUUUAGUUGUGGAUUCAGCUUGGUGUACUAAUAUUGUUAAUAAUCCGGUGACACCGAAUUCUUCAUCGGUUUCUUCCUCGUCUACAGAAGCAGCCGGUGAUGAUGAUUCUUGUAAUAAAAGAAAGAACAACGAUGAGAAUCAAUUGUCGAAAGGGUCUGAAGAUGGAACUGAUUUCCCUAAGAAUAAACUGAACAAACAGAACAAGAAAGUCGAUAAAAAGCAAAGAGAACCUCGUUUCGCUUUCAUGACUAAGAGCGAAGUCGAUCAUCUUGAAGACGGAUAUAGAUGGAGGAAAUAUGGGCAGAAGGCCGUAAAGAAUAGCAUUUAUCCAAGAAGCUAUUAUCGAUGUACCACACAGAAAUGCACGGUGAAAAAACGCGUUGAAAGAUCAUUUCAAGAUCCAGCAGUUGUUAUAACAACAUAUGAGGGCCAACAUAACCAUCAAAGUCCGGCAACACUUCGAGGAAAUGCUGCUAGGUUAUUAGCACCAUCCAUGUUAACAUCGUCAUCACCAUUUCUUGGUUCGAGCAGCUUUCCUCCUCGUCAUCAAGACCUAAUGCUUCGCAUACCCUCAUCAUCAUUGACAAACGACAAUAACCAAGUUCAUGAUCAUAAAUCAUCAAACUACAUGUACCCGCAACAUAACCUAACUCCUACCGCUACUGUUCUUCAUCAACAACAGCUUCGAGUACUUCCAGCUGAUUAUGGUCUGUUACAAGACAUGGUUCCUUCUUUCAAUCAUAAUGAACAGAAACAUCCAUGAGCAUGAAGUUUCUGGCGCUAGCUCUUAAUAUAUCAAUUGUUUCUUUUUUUAUGCAGUAUCCUUCUUCGGUUCUUGCCCUCGUCGGCCAUAUUUUACUGAACUUAUACACUUGUAUGUAUAAUUAAAUAUAGUAGUGUUGAUUAGUUUCAUUUUAAUAUCUGACUUGAUAUAAUAAGUAGUACUACAAAUAAAUUUAUAUAAACUUUUCUA